GAUUCCUAGCCUUGUUAUUACAGUGAUAAGAGUUACCUGUGUAAGGUUGGGUGGCUGAGGAACAACCGCUAUAUAUGGAGAACAUUGUCAAACUACGCUGUUUUUGAUCGCAGAAAAGCUCCAGGAAGCGAGGAAAGAGGCACGUGAUUCCACUUCCUCUGUAAAAAUACCAGGGAAGGUGUCCUAGAGGAGGGAAAUCACCUUAAAAGAGGAGGGGGAGUGAGCAUGCGUGGCGAGACAGCGAGUGUUUACCGUGUGUGAGAGCGAGUGUCGAGUUGGCACUUGGAGACUCCUCUUCCCCCCUUAAAAAGACCUAUUUCUCGACCUCCAACUCGCGGAUUUAUGGAUCAAGAUGGAUCGACCUGAUGGCCUGAUCCAGAGGAGGAACGUGCACCGAGAGGCGAACGAGAGGAACCAAGAGGACAGCGAUGGAGAGAAGAGGAGAGCCUCGAGCGACGACGACCUCGAGGACGGAGACUCGAAGCAGACGAGGCUCACGCUCAUGGAGGAGGUGUUGCUCCUCGGCCUCAAGGACAAGGAGGGAUACACAAGUUUCUGGAAUGACUGCAUAUCCUCAGGUCUUCGCGGUUGCAUUUUAAUAGAACUUGCUCUUCGAGGGAGAGUAGAGUUAGAGAAGGCAGGAUUGCGCCGGAAGUCCCUCUUAAACCGCAAGGUGCUUUUGCGGUCAGACCAGCCCACGGGAGAUGUCCUCCUGGAUGAAGCACUAAAACACAUGAAGGAAACAGAUCCACCUGAGACCGUGCAGGCCUGGAUAGAAUAUCUCUCAGGUGAAUCAUGGAACCCACUAAAACUACGUUACCAACUGCGCAAUGUGCGAGAGCGGUUGGCCAAGAACCUGGUGGAGAAAGGCGUUCUUACCACAGAGAAACAAAACUUCCUCGUGUUUGACAUGACUACCCAUCCCCUCACAGACAACGUUACCAAAACAAAAUUGGUGAAGAAGGUUCAAGAUAGUGUGUUAAGUCGAUGGGUUGGUGAUCCUCAGAGGAUGGACCGACGAGUGUUGUCUCUUAUAUAUUUGGCACAUGCUUCAGAUGUUCUGGAAAAUGCCUUUGCUCCACUUUCAGAUGAUGAUUAUGAGGUUGCCAUGAAACGCGUUCGAGAUCUGCUGGACCUAGACUUGGACACAGAGGCUGCAAAGCCCAAUGCCAAUGACCUCAUGUGGUCAGUGUUUGCAGCUUUCAUCAAAUAAACUUAGCUGCCUCAUGACCCGAAGCAUUGAAAAUAUUUAGUGCCUGUGAUGAGUCUGAUGAUGACUUAGUGGGAGUUGAAAUUAUGUUCCGUAAGGAGUAUAUUUUAAGGGUAAAAGGGAUGGAUGAUCUUUAAGAAAAGGUUUGCCAGAAAGAUAAAAUACCUUUUCUUCUCUUUUGUAUGAAACUGUAAACAUAAUUACAUAUGUAGGGGAGGGGGAAAUACAAUGGCUGCAUGAAAUAUAUAUUUAGGAUGAAACAUUCUCUGUACAUAUAUGAAUGUUGGGGCAUUUUAUGACAAGAUUUGCUUAAGGGUGAUUUUUGGCUGUAUUUACAAGCAUUCUCUACCUUGUGAUUAGUUUAUUUUGAGGUUCACCCUGAUUCUUAGCUCAUAAAUCUUUGAAUAAAGAUAAACAUUUACAAUCCAAACCACAAGCUUUGUACCUGUUGAGACUUGCAAAUCGUCAGGCCAUCUUUGGAAAAAGUGAUAUAACAUGCUGAGAUGCUGUUAAAUCUAAUUAGCAUGCAUUAUUCCCCAAGCUGAUUUAAUUUCACGAUGUGAUAUUGUUGAUAAAAUGAUCAGAAUAUCAGUUCUAUCAAAGGCAUUAUUUCACCUGUGUUACAAAUAGUGGUAGUGUGUGACAGAAAUGUGUGGUUAUAGUGUAGGCACUGUGUAACCAUGA